AUGGCAGCCGCAACGACGGUCCGGGCUGCGCUCCAGCAGAUCUAUGCGUCCAAGCGCGUGCAGUGUGUCGUGAGUGUCUCGGGCGGCGGUGGCAGCGCCGUCGGCGAGAUCCUCGGCACCUGCGGCGCAUCGUCCACGCUUCUCGAAGUGCUCGUUCCCUACCAUCGCGAGAGCAUGGCCGACUUCCUUCAAGUGCCUGGCGCAGAGCUCGAGGCGUUCGGCUUCUCAAGCAAAAACGUGGCGACGCUCAUGGGCAAGAAGGCGCUCGAGCGUGGCCGGCGGCUCGUGCCCCUCGACGACGCGGCCGGGUGCAUUGGCAUCGGGUGCACGGCCGCCUUGGUGUCGUCCGAGCCGCGCCGGGGCUCGCACCGCGCCUUUCUCUCCCUCCACACGGUCGACGCCGUCCAUCACUUCAAGCUCGAGAUGGAAAAGGGUGCGCGUACGCGGAAAGAGGAAGACGAGUGUGUCGGGCACCUUGUCGUCUUGGCGCUGGCCAAAGCCGCCAACGUCGACAUGGCGCUGCAAGCGUCCCUGCGCGAGCUCUGCACGUCGCACACGGGUGACUCGCUCGUCGAGGAUGCCCCCAUCGCCACGAUGACGUCCGGCUUGCAGCUGCCGACGGGCCCGCACGAGACGCCGCCGCGUCGCAUUCUGUACGAGCUCUCGGUGCGCAACGCUGACAAGGGCAGCGUUGGCGGCGACGCGCUGCAGGCCCGCGUCCAGGCCAUCGUGGGCACGCACCACGCGGCCGUUGUGCUCACGCACGCGUCGCUCUUCCUCGAGAAAGCGGCUCUCUUUCCAUCGUGUGCGUUUGUGAUUGGCGCCGACACGGCUCUGCGGCUCCUCGACCUCAAGUACUACGACAUGAGCCAGGAAGCGCUGUGGGCUGCGCUCGCCCGCAUCGCGUCGCUCCAGUGCUCGUUCGUGGUCGCCGGGCGGCAGGUGGGCGACGCCUUUGUGGCCGCCGAGACCGUCGUGUCCCAGGUGCCCGCGCCGUUCCGGUCGCUCUUCGUGCCUCUGCCCGAGACGUCGUUCCGCAACGACAUUUCGUCGACGGCGCUGCGCCAAGCCCGCACGGAGUGA